CUUUCUUACCGGAUGUAUUAAGCGAAGGUCAGACCGCUUUCGAUGGCGCUGUCGGUGCGUCUGUGCAGGCGAGCCGCUGCUCUUUCUCGAGGGCUCGGCCGGGAAGUUUGGUGCGAGGUGGCCGGGGCGACCUCGUUCCCCAGGCGUGUCACGGACCGGCGUUGUGAUUACCCGGCGGUGCGGGCAGCAAGGACGCGAUGCGGGGCGGCGUUGAGGGAUGAGCUUUGCCCAACUUGGGCAAUAUCGUUGCCCAAAUACACCAGUUUCCACUACUUCAGUACAAUGCCUCCACCACCAACGGGAUCAAAAACAAACCCUAGGACCAAGAAGGAUGGGCCUGUCACAUGGAAAUCUUUAGCGGUCACUGUUGCUGUAGGAGGAGCACUGCUGGUCGUCAUGAAAUACAUGAAGAAAGAAAAAGAAGAAAAGAUUGAGAAGGAGCGGACUCGUAGCAUUGGAAAAGCAGCACUUGGAGGACCCUUUUCACUGGUUGAUCACAAAGGGCAACCCAAGACAGACAAAGACUACCUUGGACAGUGGGUCUUGAUAUACUUUGGAUUUACGCACUGUCCAGACAUUUGUCCUGAAGAGCUAGAGAAGAUGGUUGCUGUCGUGGAUGAAAUAGACAGGAUCCCAUCUUUACCAAAUCUGACCCCUCUUUUGAUCACAAUUGAUCCAGAGCGAGAUAAUGUCGAGGCCAUGGCAAGAUAUGUCCAAGAGUUUUCUCCAAAGUUAAUUGGUCUGACAGGCUCCCAAGAGCAAAUAAGCCAGGUGUCGAAGGCCUACAGAGUCUACUAUAGCCAAGGGCCCAAAGAUGAUGACAAUGAUUACAUUGUUGACCAUACAAUAAUCAUGUAUCUUAUCAGCCCCAGUGGAGAUUUUUUGGACUACUAUGGUCAGAACAAGAAGAAUACUGAGAUUUCUGCGUCUAUAGCUUCACAUAUGAGAAAAUUUAAAGCUCAGUAGUGCAAAUAUCUAGCUGCAUUAAUAACUGCUAAAACCUGGCUCUGCAUUUUCUGUAAACAGGUGCAGUAUUUCAAUUAAAAGAAAUGAUGCAAAGUUCUUUGGGCUGGAA